ACUAGACACGGAAGCCCGCUAAGCGAAAGCUUCUUCUAUUCUAUCUACUACCAUCUGAACCAUUUGAACUGAGGUCAUAUUGCCGCUCAACUCGCGCGAUUUCAUCUGAUGGCGGUCGGUCAAGGUUAGUCCUCAGAAUGAUAGGGACUGAGUGUGGACACUGUAAUAUUUGCUUUAAUGCAGUGCCAUAUGAAAACAUGUUAUUUCUUUCUGCUUGCGGGUGUUCUUUUUGCCGUCAGUGCCUGAAAACGUAUGUUAUUACAGUGUUACGAGAUCGAGUUGAUGUUAAUUGUGCUUGUCCUAGUUAUCCAUGCAGUCAAAGUGGUCAGUUGACAGACUCAGAGAUAAGGGAAUUGCUGCCUCCUGACGUUUACGAACGUUUUUCUGUAAAGAAGCUUCAGCGAGGUCAGUUUGUCCAUUUUUCCAACUGUAACAAAAAUUCAGAAAUUGAACAGAAUGUAAACCUGACAUUUUGCCCAGCAAUAAAUUGUGGUGCUGUGUGCCAAGUUCCUUCUAUUUUAAAAGUACCCAUACCAAAUGGAAUAAAUCCAUCCACCAGAAGAAAUGGACAUGCUCUGGAAAGAUUUACUAGAUGGUACAGAAGAUAUUUUUGCAGUUCACAAGGAGCUACCACUCAUGUUUCUCCCAGUAUCAAAAGUACGAGUUUUCGUGCCGAUGACACAUCAAAAAUUCCAAAUAACACACAUUACAAGUCUAUCAGUAAUCUCAGGGAUGAAGACAAAGAAGAUUGCGUAACCACACCUACCAGUGAAAGUGUUGGAGAGAAGGAUUUACUCCAUAUCUCUGAAAAAGAAACGUUGAUGUGUCAAGUGAGUCCUGGUCGCCCAGCUGUGCGCGUCGUAUGCAAACAGUGUUCUCAUGAAUUUUGUGCUCGAUGCCAUUUAAAAUGGCAUAUCGGAGUUGGACCGUAUGUGUGUGAAGAAUAUCCUCGUAACGUUUUCAAAGGAAAUAAAAAUUUAAGCACUCAAUUUACUAGUCAACAAAAUUCACUUGGGAUUUUGGAGAAAAGUGUAAAUGCCUCUGAUCAUAUAAAUCCUCAUCCAGACUCAGAUCCUAUUAUAUUUGAGAAACACCAGUCACAGUCUGUAACGCAAAAUCCAGAAAUCAUAAAGUCAUUACCACCCUUGAGAAAGCCUCCAAAGAAAAACAAAAUAAAUAAAAUCUCACUCCGGCGGCCCAAAAGAAAACGGCGUAAUUAUCUACAGAGUCAUACAGGUAUUCAUCUUUCCAGUCCGGAUAUCAGUGAUACAAUUGAUAUCUCCGUUCUUGCUGUCGGAUUUCCUCCAUAUUCUCCUGAUGACUGGCUGAAACGUUGUCCUGCCUGUCUAGUCCCUAUUGAACGUAUCGAAGGUUGCGCUCAAAUGAUGUGCCGGUCGUGCAAACAUACUUUUUGCUGGUAUUGUUUAACUUCAUUGGAUGAUGAUUUCCUUCUUCAACAUUAUGAUGACGGGGCCUGCAAAGGAAAACUUGGUCAUUCCCGUGCAUCAGUAAUUGGUCAUCGAGUUUAUGUUGUCAGUGUAUUUACUGGAUUAACGAUUUUAUUACUGGUUGCUGCUCCAUUUAUUAUGGUUGCUGUACCAUGUAUUAUUUGUGCGAAAUGUCACCGGCUUUAUCGCCAACACCGUCUACGCAAGCGGCAUUCUCAGGGUUUAUAUAUGGUUAAUGGUCGUGUACUAAAUACACCUGUACCUUCUAAUGUACAAAAUGAUCGAACAGAUACACCUCAACCUACUACAUCAACUCCUCAUCACAGUAUAUUCAUGCCAUCUUGUAGAUCGUCUAUUGUUAGCGUUGAUCACCGACCAACUGUCGAACAAAAAGCUGAUAUUCAUUGGUCACCUUGGCAAAGUGAAUUUAAAUGUACAUCUCCUCGUAAAGUUAUGCAUCGCUCCAGAUCUGUACCUGAUUACUGUUGUACAGUACCACUUAAUAGCCUAAUCAUGACUUCACAUACGCCGUAAAUUUAAAAAGUUUCUAGUUGUAAUGAAAGAUCAAGAAGUUAUGUAUAUAUAUUUCACAAUCGUUUCUGUCUUCACGAAAUUCAUAGUAAAUGAUCUUAUUAAAUCAUUUUUUUGCGUGUAUACUUUGUAUGCGAAAAAAAGGAAAACAUAUCUCAAUACUUACAUUCUUUUAUUCCUUAAUACACCAUGUAAUAUCCAUAAUAGUAACCUUUUUUACUUAAUGUUCAGUGUUCUAUUGUCAGAAUAUCCUUGUAAUGAUGCAUUUAUUAAUUUGUCUAUUUACAUUUACUUUUAACUUCAUAUAAUUGUAAGUCUGCAUAUAUAUGUAGAUAGCUAUCUAGAGAUAUAUGUACAUAAAUAUAAUCAUUCCAAGAGUGAAAUUAAUGCAUGAUAUUUCUUUUAACAUUUAUACUAUCCCAUAAACUAAUUUCUCUCUAUCUCUGUGAAUAUUACUUGUUGUGUCAAUUCAAUUAUCUUUUGUAUUGCCCUAUUCUCUUGAAAGUUGUCUCAUAAUAGAAAAGCACCGUCCCUAGUGAAUAUAUCACUUAUCUAUUUAUUUAGAAUAAUUAUUAACUUAUUUGUUUAUUUAUUUACUUAUUUACAGAAAAAUUGUUACUAUCUAGUUCUCUCUUUCCGCUAAAUUAACUUCUUCUUCUUUUUUAAUUAAGAAAAAAGAACACACUAUUCUUAGAUUAUGCAUGCAAUAUUAAUGUUUUUAUCUUCUUUGAAAAAGUCCAAUUCUAUCUAUUACACUAGUUCAAUCAAUACGAUAUACACAACUAUUCACUACUUUCUAGGGAUUAUUUUAAUUUGUAUGUAUAACAUUCAUCGUGUGCUUUUUCGCUUAUUCUUCUCUUCUACACAAUAUUCUUACUAAAUACGUAGUUUCCAUAAGUAGGUAUAUAUAUAUAUUCUCCUUUUACUGAUAUUCUAUGAUUUUGAAUAUUUUAAGUAAUAAUACUAAUUUUACUAGUCAUGAAUUUGCAUUUCUCAUUCUUCUUCUUCUUUAUCUCUACUUUACUGUGAUAAAAUUGUGUACAAGUAUAAUAUAUAUACAUACACUAUUUAUUAUUUAUAUUCUUAAUGGGUUAUGUAACUAUGAAUUGCAUAUGGUACUACUUGUUGUUAAACUCGUCAUUGUUAUUGCUAUUAGUAAUAUUACAACUUGUUACUAUUAUUAUUAUUCUUAAUAUUAUUACUUUACUUGUAACAUUUGCAUUCUUAAAUUGAAUGAUUGAUUAGCGCGUAUGUAUCAGUUUACUCAGUUUAUUUCUUUUGUUAUCUUUUCUUUAAUGAAAUAAUGGUUUGUAAUAGUAAUUUGUGUUUAAUUAUAGUGAGGUGCUACUUUA